UGGUUUGGGAGAAAAUGCCAGUAGCGAGACCCGAAUCAUCGGAUGCGAGGGUCAUCGCCCACGUCGACAUGGACUGCUUCUACGUUCAAGGCUCUUGCGGGUCGCAUCGCUCUCCUGAUUCGACUUGAGCUAUUGAGAUUUUGGGUCGUUAAUUCUCUGCGGAAGUGGUUCUCUCGCGGUGUUUCUUGACGGUGGAGCAGAGGAAGCAACCGGAAUUAAGGGGACUUCCUACUGCUGUUGUACAGUAUAACGAGUGGAAAGGUGGUGCCUUGAUUGCUGUUAGCUAUGAAGCUCGUAGGUGUGGCGUUAAGCGAUCAAUGAGAGGUGAUGAAGCUAGAGCUGCUUGCCCAGAAAUUCAUUUGGUUCAAGUGCCUGUGGCUCGUGGUAAAGCUGACCUGAAUUCAUACCGUAAUGCUGGUUCAGAGGUGGUCUCCAUUCUAUCACAAAAGGGUAAGUGUGAGAGGGCAUCGAUUGAUGAAGUCUACCUUGAUCUCACUGAAGCAGCAGAAAGCAUGCUUGCUGAUAAACCUCCUGAGACCUUGGAAGUGAUAGAGGACGAAGCUCUGAGAUCACACGUUCUGGGAAUGAGCAUCAAGGAUGGAGAUGAUGCCACAGAGUGUGUAAGGGAUUGGAUAUGUCGGAGAAAUGCUGAUCGUCGAGAUAAGUUAUUAGCUUGUGGAAUACUCAUUGUUGCUGAUCUUCGGAAGCAGGUGUUGAAGGACACUGAGUUUACUUGUUCUGCCGGCAUCGCUCAUAAUAAGAUGCUAGCGAAACUUGCAAGUGGAAUGAACAAACCUGCUCAGCAGACUGUUGUACCCUAUUCGUCUGUACAAGAAUUACUCCAUUCAUUGCCAAUAAAAAAAAUGAAACAGCUUGGAGGAAAGUUAGGUACUUCCUUGCAAAUUGAUUUGGGUGUUAAUACCGUGGGGGACCUCUUGCAAUUUUCUGAAGGGAAGCUGCAGGAACUUUACGGAAUGAAUACUGGUACUUGGUUAUGGAAUAUUGCGAGAGGGAUUAGUGGAGAAGAAGUGCAAGGUCGGCUUCUCCCCAAAAGCCAUGGUUCUGGGAAGACAUUUCCUGGUCCCCGAGCUCUCAAGACACUUUCAUCUGUUCAACAGUGGCUGAACCGACUUUGUGAAGAACUUAGCGAGCGCCUUAGUUCUGACUUAGAGCAGAACAAACGGCUUGCAAGCACCCUUACUCUUCACGCUUCUGCUUACAGAUUAAGUGAUUCAGAUUCACAUAAGAAAUUCCCUUCAAAAUCUUGUCCUCUGAGAUAUGGGACGGCCAAGAUCCAAGAAGAUGCUUUCAACUUAUUUCAAGCUGCCUUACGCGAAUUCAUGGGUCCUUACGGGACCAAAACACAAGGAAAAAAUCAAGGUUCAUGGAGAAUUACAGGUCUUUCCGUUUCAGCUAGUAAAAUCACAGAUAUACCAACUGGAGUAAGUUCAAUAAUGAAAUAUUUUCACAACCAAUCUGCAUCCUCUUGCUCAAAGCUUUCAACAGAUAGCUGCAUCCAAGAAUGCCCUGCAAGUUCUUUCUCAGCUAGUGAAAGCUGUUCAGAGCAGAGAUCAAUAGAAUCCGAAACAGCAGUUUCUGCAAAAAACAUCGGUGUAAGAUGUAAAGGGUCUGAUGUAGGUGAAUUGGAAGAACAAGCUGACACGUUGACCAAAGAGGAUGUGUCAUGUCCAUCAAACAAGGCAAUCGAUGUUCUGCCACAAUCAAGGAAUAAGUUGUCUACAUCAGGCACGCAAAUGGGAAGAAUGGAGAGGAAGAGAAACAACUCCAAGGAAAUGACUUGGGGAACGCCUUCAAUUGCCGACAUCUUUAAGAAUUAUUACACAACAACUCCUCCAUCGAUGCAAGAGAUUCAAGAGGAUUCUACAAGAGCAAACUCUAGUGGACCUACUGCUAGUCAAAGGUAUCGAGAUGAAGAAAGAACAGAAACAACAUGGAGCUACAAGAUGGAUGAGAUUGAUGAGUCGGUGAUCGAUGAAUUGCCACCUGAGAUUCAACGUGAGAUCAGGACUUGGUUACGUCCGAGCAAACGUGCCGUGACUGUCACAGGUAAUAAAUCCAACGUGGGUUCGACUUCAAGCAUUGCUAGUUAUUUUUCGCCUUUGAGGGACAGGUAGUUUAGUUCAUUCAAAUCAUGUCUGUACAUUUCCUACGAUACGUUAUUUGUACAUUUGCUUCUGUAA